AUGGUGCCUUGCGCACCAUGCAGACCCAAUUCACUGUCAGAUAGUUCAGUGUUGGAAUUUCUGCAAGAGAAACUGUCCUCAGGGAUAAGCCCUGGUACUCUCAGGGUUUACGUGGCCGCCAUUUCGGCCUGCCACGCCCUGAUUGAAGGGGUUACUGUGGGAAAGCACCCUUUAGUUGUCCGCUUUAUUCGAGGGGCGAGGCGACUGAUGCCUCCUUCUAGAAGGACAGUCCCUCCAUGGGACUUGGCGACAGUGCUCGAGGGUCUACUUAGCGCCCCCUUCGAACCCUUGGAAUCAGCGCCUGUUAUGUGGUCUUGUAUGGGUAGAGAAAAAGAGAAGCAACCUCCACAAAGCCUUUUGUUUCAGCACUUUGGGAAACUUCACAACUCCACAAACUCCUUCACCUCACCUGCUGACAGUGUCAUUGAAAUCAUUUCAGAAGAGUCUGGGUCACUAACAAGCUCAUUUUAUUCUGAAUUUGGAAUCAGCUCAGAACAUUACUCCAGUUUACAGCAGGCGCUUUACUGGGCUGGACCAGACCGAUCAGUCACAGAUGUGUCCAAGAGUACAAGUUCAGCUCACUCCACAUUCAUCAUUCAGAACCUGAAAAACAGCUACCGAAUAGGAGAGGAGAUUUAUGUUACGAUCCAUGCGAGAGAUUUUAAAAAUAAACCCAAACCUUAUGGAGGGGAUUUCUUUCAAGCCAAGCUGUUCUCAUCUAAAAAGGCCAGUGUGUUUGGAGAGGUGCUGGACUUGCUCAACGGCUCUUACUCUGUACGUUUUCUCCUUCCGUGGGUGGGACAAGCACAGGUGGCUGUGCGUCUGAUCCACUCCAGUGAAGGUGUGCAGGUCCUCAAGCACCACAGAGACACUGAUUCUGACAGAGUUUUCUUUAAUGGAUAUUUUGAAGGACCAGGACCAAAUGGGACCAGGCUAAAGGAAACAGUGAAGUGUAAUGUGAAGUGGGACAAGAAUGGACUGGAGAGGGUGGGAAAAGGAGAUAGCUGCUGUGAAUACAAAGAUUCUCGUAGUGGAGAAGAAUGGCGCUGCAAGAAACCCAAAUCUUUGCCUUGCAGCGCCCGUGUGUAUCACUCCAUGGGAGGAUAUAUGAAACGUGUGACUGCCAAAGAAGCAACGUUUAUGCAGCAAACCAAUAAAGGUAUAAAUGGGCAAAAAAGCCUUCUCAACAUUCUUCCCUCUAAUGAAAAUGUAAGAGAGAAAUGUCAUCCUGGUUUGCACUCACCAGUUCCAGCUGGCUUUUACCUGAAUGAUGUGUGGACGUCCUUUGUGUGUAAAACUCGUCAAUUUACUCCCCAAAAAACAACACAAUGCCUGAAAGACAAACACAUCUACAUGAUGGGAGAUUCUACCAUGAGACAGUGGUUUGAGUUCUUUCUGAAAGCUGUACCAAGUUUGAAGCAGAUGAAUCUACAUGUACAGUAUCAGGCAGGACCUCUUCUAGCAGUGGACGUGGGAAACAACAUUGAUUUACACUGGAGAGCUCACGGUAUUCCUCUGAGGUGUCGGAAAACUGAAGUUGCUAAUCUGCACUACAUCAGUAAUGAGAUUGAGGAUUUGGCUGGAGGACCUCACACUGUUAUUGUCUUUAAUCUGGGACCACACUUCACCACAUACCCUCUGGAUUACUUCACCCACAGAGUGUUGAGAAUCCGCAAAGCUGUUGUAGAUUUAUUACAGCGAGCACCCGCCACUACUGUUAUCAUAAAAACUGUCAAGACUGGCUAUAAAGAUGUGUUUGGCAGUGACUGGUAUUCUCUUCAGUUGGACAGAGUUCUGCGAUGGGCUUUUCAGGAUGUUGGUGUUUAUAUUUUGGAUGUAUGGCAAAUGACAGCCUGUCACUACAGCAAAGAGAACAUUCACCCAGGUCCUGUCAUCAUCAAAAACGAGAUGGACAUUUUUCUUUCUUUCAUGUGCCCUGAAUGA